AUGAUGCGUAGAGCGACUGUAUUGCUGCUCGCAGCAGCAAUUUGCCUUUUCCCACUGAUAAGUGCGGCCAGUGCGAGAAGACCAGUUCAUCUCGGCAUCGAUCUCGGCCAGGAAAUCAUAUCCGUGGCAUACUUCGACAAUGGCGUUCCCGUUAUCGCGGCAGAGUUUCCAGGAAACAACACAUACAUCGACUACUUACAACGCCUCGCAUCCGAACCAUAUCCAAGACCUGAUGACGAAUAUGAGACUCGGUUUCCUAAUUCCAUCCGUCUGAUGCUGUCAGAAAUUCUACAACGGGCUGUCGCGGCCGGCGCAGAGCAUGCUGGGACGGAAGCAAAGAUCGGAAUCAUCUCCAUUCCGUCCAGAUCACGCGGCCUGAGGUGGUACAUCGUCAACAUGAUAGCUGAGGAGACCGACAAGAACAUCCUACCAGAGCAUACGUACGAGGACUUUGCCUACGCUAUCGUGCGGUCUUCCCACAUUCUGCCUAGCUACACAUACCCCGAGGAUCACUGUUUCCGCGCACGGAAUGUUGGGAGGGACGUUCCGGAGAACAGAGAUGAGGAAGUGCUUGUCGUGGAGGUAUCGUUUGGAAAGAUCGCUAUCAACUCGUGUUGGGUCUCGGACCAUGAUGGAGUGAUCUGUGGAUCUCCUGUGGUGGUGCAAGGGGUCGGGCAAGAGUUUUCAAGAGCAGUCAGCGAAGUCGCUGACUCGAAGACCUCGGCCGUCUUGCUAGCAGGGCAGAUAUCGGAUACCCUGGCUCACGAGCUGAAGCUAGCUAUCAGCUCUGCGGUACCGUCACUUGCAGACAAGAUCAAGGAUCCGGCUACCAGCUAUCAGCAAGUCGCUGUCAUCGGCGCUGCGUCUGUAGCGGAAGCAACAAUCGAACCUCCGCCUGUAUCACAAGUCACGCCAGAUCAACCUCAAGCUGAUAUAGCAACGCAACCAAGAUAUGUGGUCAAAGCCGGCGUUCUCCUUAGUCGAGCACCUCUAAUUACAGCCGAUCCUCACCCAUUCGAAAAAGCAUACUAUCUGUACCAACGACGUCUGAACGAAAGGACUGUACUACCAUUCACACAAUACUUCUACUACAAGCGCGGCUCGCCCGGUUUCGAGCACUGGCGAAAGAAGAAAGCAGAGCGUAGCGGAACUGCUGGGCGAGAUAUUGGGAACUACAAUGCAUAUAAGGACGACAGCUGGAAUGAUGAAGUUCUUGUGGGCGACAGAACCGCAGAUGCCGACACGACCAUGAAGGUGUUGGUCGAAGAGGAGGGGAGAGGGACAGAGUUCGCCGCGCAGUCUGGACUGGAAGAAACGGCAGGUCUACGCCGAGUGACGGAUGCGGACGAGGCGAAUGAUGUGCGGAGUCUGGAGAGGAGCCUGAGCAGGACUUUGUACCUGCUUGUGAAGGAGAAGGGCCGGGACGGGAAGCGCGACAACUGGAUAUUUCCAAGUGGUGCGCUGGCUGAGAGGGAGGGCAUAGCUGAGGCGGCAAAAAGAGUCCUUGACGAGACAUGUGGACCAAAUAUGAACACUUGGCAGGUCGCUCGACAUCCGGUCGGAUACUACAACCUGCAAUACAGCACUCCGGAGACGGCAACGCCGGAGAAAAGCACUUCGAAACCUCCAUCUGAAAUACCGUCAGUCCACGAGAUAGCACCUACAGUGGGCGAGAAGACGUUCUUCAUUAAGACUCGCAUUUUCGCGGGACAGGCCGAUGUGGACCAACCUACCAAGGCCUAUGAGGAUUUUGCAUGGCUAGCCAAGGAGGAAAUCGAGGCCAAGGUUCACCCGAGGUACUGGACGCGGGUCAAAAAUAUGCUUGUUGAGCAAUAA